UCGUGGCCCGCCUCCGAGGAUGGGCGGCCGGCUCUUGUGCUGCUCCCCGGCGCUGCUGGCGGUGGCGGCGGUGCUGUCGGCGGGGCUGUGCAAGGAGCGGCCCUCGGACGCGAGCAGCGCGGCGGGGCUCAAGGAGCGGCAGAACCUCCUCAACCUCAUCAUGGAGAUCCUCCAGGAGCUGAAGCGCUACCGCCUCGAGGAGGACGAGAACGAGAACGGCGCCCACUACAAGCAGGACUACCUCCUCGGCCGGAGGCAGCUCCCCGACUACGGAGCCGACUCCGAGGAGCAGAGAGUCGAAAUAGUUCCAAGAGAUCUGAGAAUGAAAGACAAGUUUUUAAACCAUUUAACAGGACAUCUUUAUUUUGGUCCAAAAUGCACUAAACACUUUCACAGACUUUACCAUCAUACAAGAGACUGUACUACUCCUGCAUACUAUAAAAGAUGUGCCAGGCUUCUUACUCGGUUGGCAGUAAGUCCAAUGUGCAUGGAAGGAUAAGAUGCCACUACUAUCAAAGGAAUAGCGCCAAGAGAAGUGCCUUGGAAACCAACAGGGAAAUUAAAAAAACAUCUUUGUAACAUAUUCCAUUGUGAAGAGAUUUAUUUUUGCAAGUUGAUGGACUACUUCCCCAAAAUCUUUCAACAUGUGUUUUGUAUACUGUCACUACUGUUUACAGAUACACAUUCUUUAUGGUAGAAUCCUACCAAAACAAGAGAAAACGUUUCAUACUUUAAAGUUGCCCUACAAGAGAAGUGUUGUAUUGCCAAAAAGGAAUUUCAGUGACUAUCAAACACCUGAGUACAUUUCAUGCAGAGACAUUAUGGGACACUGUCAAGAAAACUUUCCUGUGAAGAUGGUUAUCACUUAUAUCUUUUUUUGCUUAUGCAAGUCAAACAGUUUCAUUCCAGUCUUUUUCAUAAAUCUGUUAUGUUGGAUUCAUUGAGUGGAAAACUGUAUGCCAUGUGCAAGAGAAACAUGUUUUAUGUAAAUCUUGGAUUCUGUAUCCACUCUAAAAUGCCAUCUGUUUUCUGUACAAUAGAGGUAUAAACAUUCCAGCUAAAUGUGCAAUAUGUAAAUAAUGUAAAUAACAUACAUACAGAAUAAAGUGUUUGGUAUAUUA